UUUCACAUCGACACAGUCGCAUGCACAGAGCUUCCUUCUCAGCUGUCAAAGUGUUUACACACUAUUUCUCGGGGAAGCAGUAUAAUUUGUAUUAUUAUUAAAGAUAACAGUCUGGGCUUAGUCUGAGAUGGAGGGCCAGCGCUGGUUACCACUGGAAGCCAACCCAGAGGUUAUGAACCAAUUUUUAAAGCAGCUGGGCUUGGUACCCACCUGGCAGUUUGGGGAUGUGUACGGUCUGGAAUCUGAAGUUCUCAGUUUGGUGCCAAGGCCUGUGUGUGCUGUUCUGUUGCUCUUCCCCAUAACAGAGAAGUAUGAAACCUUUAGACAGGAGGAGGAGGCAAAGAUUCAAGCUCAAGGACAAGAGGUGUCCUCCGAGGUGUACUUCAUGAAGCAAACCAUUGGCAAUGCUUGUGGUACGAUAGGGUUGAUUCAUGCUGUGGCAAACAAUCAAAGGCAUCUGGAAUUUGAGCCCAAUUCACCACUAAGGUCAUUUUUACGGCAAUCUACAAAGAUGAGUCCAGAGGAAAAGGCAACUUUCCUUGAAAAAGAUGAGAGUAUCCGUGUUACACAUGAAUCAAGUGCUCAGGAAGGACAAACAGAGGCUCCAGGUUUAGAUGAAAAAGUGGAUUUGCAUUUUGUUGCCUUUGUAAACGUUGAGGGACAUUUAUAUGAACUGGAUGGAUGCAAACCUUUUCCAAUUGUUCAUAGGAAAACCACAGAGGACACAUUUCUUGAGGAUUGUGCAGAGGUCUGUAAGAAGUUUAUGGCACGAGAUCCUCAGGAGCUCCGUUUUACUGUUGUGGCACUUUCCAAAGCAUAAAUGUUCUUGAUGUUUUUUACCUUGGAGAAAAACUGCCAAUCUUUCUGAAGUGCUGAAUACUUAAGAUUAUGAGUAUUUAUAUAUUAUAGGUUUGAUUUUGUCUUUAAUGAAACAAAAGUUAAAAGUUUUGACAGUAAAAGAUACAAGCCAACAACUUGAGAUAUCCAAUAUCUAAAAAUAGUUCAAAUAAAAGAAGCUCUACAAUUUUGUACCUGAACCAUGUUGCCACCUGUUCAUUUUAACCACCACUCACUUUCUCUGAAAUUAUAUAAAAUACAUUUCUGAUGUUAAUAACAUUAAUGCACCUAAAGGGGAUGUUCCUUUUUUUCUCUUUUUGUUUUUUUUAUUUUAUUAUUUUUUUGCUUUAGAAGAAUAUCUCUUUAAAAUAAAAAUCAAUCUACUUAUAAAUAUG